CAGCUAUCAAGGGCCCCAUGCCAGCAAAAGGUGACGGUGUUAACUUGCAGAAAGAAAAUAAUGGUGUUGACUUGUUAUAAUCUAGGAUUAUCUGUGUAAUUACAAUAAGUUACAUUGAAGUUAAAUCAUGUACACAAACUUUCGAAUGGAAAGUAAUUUAGGCUAAUUUGAUAGUUAAUGCAGCCGCGUCGUCUCCGACCCAAAAAGUUUCCACAUUAACUAUCCUGAGAUAGUUACGUUCCUCUUCUAGAAACUGCUUUAGAAACGGUCCACUUGUAUUUUGUCCUCUCUUAAAUGAACACAAGUGGUCGGACGGUCAUACAUACUAUUCCUCUCCCUUGAAUUAAGUAACAAGGUGGCCUAAGCAAUGACGCAACUCUGUGUUACCAUUCUCCUCCCUUUUGCCCUUGUUUUAUCUGUUAUUUAUAUCUAUCUCUUUUCAACGACGACAAUUGGCGGUUUUAGUCAUCUACCUCUUCUUCUUCUCUCUCCAGCUACUUCAUUCAGAGUUCACCAUGGUCAACAACAACAACCCCCUCAAGAUCCUCUUCUUCCCCUUCAUGGCCCCCGGCCACAUGCUCCCCAUGCUCGACAUGGCCGCUGUCUUCGUCGAAGCCACCAUCCUCACGACCCCCGGCAAUGCCUCCCCUUCGCCGCCGCCGGUUGUCGUCAACCUCCUCACCGUCUCCUUCCCCUCCGCCGCCCUCCGCGAGCCCUUCGACCUAGUCCUCGCCGACCUCUCCCCCGACUGCGUCGUCACCGACAUGUUCCUCCCGUGGACCGUCGACGUUGCCGCCGAGCGUGGAAUUCCCAGGCUCUCCUUCCAAGGGACGAGUGCCUUCGCCAACUGCGCCUUUGACGUUCUUGGAAAGCUCAAGCCCCUCCAAACACUCCCGCCGGAGGCGGAGGACUUCGUCCUUACCGGUCUCCCUCACAAAAUCAAGCUGCUCAAGUCCCAAAUCGACUCGUCAUCUGACACCGAUCCUAAAAGGGCCAGUAUGUUUGCCUCGAUUAAGGACGCCGAGCAUAAGAGUUACGGCUUAAUGCUCAACAGCUUCUAUGAGCUCGAGCCCGAGUACAUCGACCACUAUCGGAACGUCAUCGGCCGAAAGGCCUGGCAUAUCGGUCCCUUAUCGCUAUGCAACAGCAGAAACACGGAUGUGACAGACACAACAUGCACAGAUUGGCUCAAUAGCAAGAGCCCGGGCUCGGUCGUGUACGUAUGUUUCGGGUCGAUGGCUGAUAUCUCGGAUCCUCAGGUUCUUCAGCUGGCAUUGGGCCUCGAGGCGAUGAAUAGACCCUUCAUAUGGGUGAUGAAGGGUCACAGCUACGAAAAGUUACCUCCAGGGUACACAAACAGGAACACAGACCGCGGUCUGGUCAUAAAAGGAUGGGCACCGCAGGUGUUGAUAUUGAAUCACAAGUCGGUAGGUUGUUUUGUGACGCAUUGUGGAUGGAAUUCGAGCCUGGAGGCGAUUAGUGCUGGGAAACUGAUGGUGACGUGGCCGAUGUUUGCAGAGCAGUUUUUGAAUGAGAGGUUGAUCAUUGACGUGUUGGGGAUCGGGGUGGGGGUAGGGGUGAAGGUGAAUGGCAAGACGGCAGAGGAGAGGGAGGUA